GUGCUGCUCCUACCGAAUCAUAUAGUCAAAGCUAGAGCACGAAACUAGAAACACACAAAAAGCAAGCAAGUCGAUCCCAAAACGAAAACACGUGCUGGGGUCAACCGCCGGCGGCUUCACCAGCUCCGGUGUCGCCACUCGCCACCUACUCCGCCGCCGUCCCCAUCUACAAUUACCCACUUCCGCUUCGCCGCAGCGGCACAUCCAGCGCCGAGCACCACAGCCCGCUCCCGCUCGACACACAGACCAAACGCAAAUCGUCCACCGGGCGAGGCAUUUCGCCGAGCACCGAAGCCCCGCCGCCGCAGCCAUGCUCCUCACGAAGCCCCACUCAUCCUCCCUCGCCGCCCCCUCCGCGGCGCUCCCGAAGCAUGGCCCGACCGCUAACCGCGUCGUUACGCCCCUAGCCUCGUCGAGCUCCCGCCGCGGCCUCCGCGUCUCCGCCGCGUCCGUGGCGGCGGCGGCGGCACUGAGCCGCGUGGACGUGCUGUCGGAGGCGCUCCCGUUCAUCCAGCGGUUCAAGGGCAAGACGGUGGUGGUCAAGUACGGCGGCGCGGCGAUGAAGUCGCCGGAGCUGCAGGCGUCGGUGAUCCGCGACCUGGUCCUCCUGUCCUGCGUCGGCCUCCGUCCCGUGCUCGUCCACGGCGGCGGGCCCGAGAUCAACUCCUGGCUGGCGCGCGUCGGCGUGGAGCCGCAGUUCCGCAACGGGCUCCGCGUCACGGACGCGAUCACCAUGGAGGUCGUGGAGAUGGUGCUGGUCGGCAAGGUCAACAAGCAGCUCGUCUCCCUCAUCAGCCUCGCGGGGGCCACCGCCGUCGGCCUCUGCGGCAAGGACGCGCGCCUCCUCACCGCGCGGCCCUCCCGCGACGCGGCCUCCCUCGGCUUCGUCGGCGAGGUGACGCGCGUCGACCCCUCCGUGCUCCACCCAAUCAUUGCGGCGGGCCACAUCCCGGUCAUCGCUACCGUGGCCGCGGACGAGGCCGGGCAGGCUUACAACAUCAACGCGGACACGGCGGCCGGGGAGAUCGCGGCGGCGAUCGGCGCCGAGAAGCUGCUGCUGCUCACCGACGUGUCAGGCGUACUUGCGGACCGUGACGACCCCGGGAGCCUGGUCAGGGAGGUGGACGUCGCCUGGGUGCGGCAGAUGGUGGCCGAGGGCAAGGUAGGCGGCGGAAUGAUUCCCAAGGUGGAGUGCUGCGUCCACGCCAUCGCGCAGGGGGUGCGCACCGCCAGCAUCAUCGACGGCCGCGUCCCGCACUCGCUGCUGCUCGAGAUCCUCACGGACGAGGGCACCGGCACCAUGAUCACCGGCUGAAGCUUACAAAGCUCAUCGUGAGCCUUGCCAUUGGUAUGCGUGAGGGGUGAGUGGUGACAGUUGUCGGAAUUGUUUUGCACGCAUGCAUUCCCGUGACUCGAUGGGUCAUGUUAUUCAUGGACUGAAUCAAAUCAAAUUCAGGUUGCAACUUUAUUUAUACAAAUAA